UGUCAGUGUAAGCUUGAAUUGUGCCCACACCGAAUAGGCCAAAAUGUAGCCCUUGGAAAUCUCUAUCGAAUGCGUAUGAUGCGAAUUUUCUGUCGUUAUUUGCGUGUUUUCAGUAAUGCUUUUUGUAAAAGCCCAGUGACCGUUUUUACAGCUUUUUCAACGUGCAUUUUGGAGCUGUUUGUAAAAUGAACAGUGCUCACUCAGAAAAGAACGAAUCACGCUCAUUCUUGCGUCAUUUUGAAGAGAAACGUUUUAACUAUUUGAUUCGCGUGCGAAAUGUCUGAUGACGCUUCCCUGAAAAUAAUCGAAACGCCGAAACUACCAUGUUGUUCAUUUUUGGCUGCCAAUUAUUAACUAAACGUUUUCACCACAUCGAACAGAUGGGGAUUAAACGAAUCUUGUCCCAGCUCAUAGAGGAUAUCUAAAUAUGCCAAGAAACGGCAUGAGAUCUUUUUUCUAUCACUUUUGACAUGGAUUUCAAAAUUCAAAAUGGUCGUCGGAAAAUUUUUUAUUUUUUGAAAGUUGUGGGGCAUUUCGAUUUCUGUUCAAUUAAGACGGAAUCACAAGUCUCAGGAUCAGCUCCUAUNACCAUUUUGUAGAGAAUUAAAUGGUGAAUCUUUUGCAAAAAGCAGCUGAAUUUUAUUAUGUAUGUUUCAUAUAAAUAACCUCAGUUUACAGAGAGGGGUCGAAACUUAUGAAACACCCUUUAUGAUGUCAAAUAUCAAGUAUGAGAUACUGUUUCCUGAUGCGAACAAAAAGCAGGCAUCUUUAGCGGAAGCUAAACUUUUAUUCGCCGGUAUAAUUGAUAAUAAAAGAUAUUGGGGAUCAUCUUGUGUCACUGAUUUUCAUCGUGUCAUCCGCCAAGCAAAAAUACAUAGCAACUACCGCCAGGAUGCAACCGAAUUGCAUAUGAAUGAGUUUGGUAUGCUCGUGGAACAAAUUGCAAGUAAGUCUUUUUAUACUAUAAAAGUUAAUUGUAAAUUUUUCCAGUAUACAUCUGCAAGUGACAGCGGUGGUGCAAUGGCUGUAGCUCGUGACGAUACUACAGCAACAACAAGUAAGGUUCAGCUUCUGAUGGAUUUUGGUAGAAAGACGCCAGAAAAAGAAACAUUUAUAUCGAUCGAUAGUGCGUUUGAAGGUGGAUGGUAUGUUAAACGUUGA